AUGCCGCGCUUUUUGAUGACUCUCCCUUCAUCGACCCCUCAGGCCUCAUCCCCUGAUGCCCCGCUCCAUGUCUCUGCCAUCAACGCUUCUCGCGUCUCGAACGGCCUCCCCAAUGUGGACGAUCACAGCGAAAGUCGUAUCUCCGUAUUCAACCGCCUCGCUCACCGAAGGCGAACUAUUGUCCAUGCGGAGUACCUGGUCUACUCAGACGGCUACUGGGACAGGGAUCCGCGCGCCUCUCCGAGACCCUGCCGGGACGCAGACGUUCGAUACGCAAUGGAGGAGAGCGUAGAGGCGCUCCGGCACGAGAACGACGCAAUGCGCAUGCAAAUUACCACUCUCUCCUCCCAGCACGCUCUGGACAUGCAGGACAUAGACCGGAAGAUGUGCGAUAUGCUCGCGCGGCUUGACGCUCUUACGGGAUUCUAA